UGUCGAAGGAAAGCAAAACUUCACCGAGUUGAUAAUAUUCUGGCAUUGGGUGAAUAGAAAAUGGCUUCAGUACCCACUACACAGAAAGCGUUGGAAGUGGUUCAGUUUGGAGACCCUCUCAAAGGUACACUUAAGCUUAAUAAAGAGGCUCCAGUUCCCAAACCUGGUGAUGGUCAAGUCUUGGUAGAAAUGAAAUAUGCUUGUCUCAAUCCUGCGGAUGUAUUCACUGUUCAAGGAAUAUAUCCAGGAGUGAAAAAUGUAACCGAAAAGAAACCGGGUUUUGUAGCGGGUCUUGAAGGUUCGGGUAAAGUGGUAGCUACCGGUUCAGGUUGUUCUUUGAAGGCAGGAACUCGCGUUGUACCUUUGUUAGGGGAGAGGGCUGGUUCCUGGCAGCAGUACCUAGUUGUAAGUGAAAAGCAAUGUAUACCUGUGCCAGACGAUGUGGAUGAUGCGACAGCUGCACAACUAUUUGUGAAUCCGUUAACGGUAGUCGGUAUGCUAGAUGAGAUUCAACAGAAAGCACCAGUCAAGGAUAAUCCUUGGAUCGUUCAAACUGCUGCAAACUCAACUUUGGGUAGAAUGUUCAUCCAGUUAGCCAGGAAACGAGGUUUGAAGACGAUCAACGUCAUUAGAACUUCAGCAACGAAACAAGAACUUGUGCAACUUGGUGCAGAUGAAGUAGUUGUCGUUUCUGAAGAGUCAGAACUUAGCAAGAAAAUUCUCCAGCUAACUGGAGGAAAAGGAGCAGCAGCAGUAGUCGAUGCUGUAGGGGGAGAAAUUGGUACAGCUUGUUGCUCUUCUCUGGCGAAAGGAGGACUAUUCCAAGGUUAUGGUUUGCAGAGUGGACAGCCCAUCCAAGUGAGCAAUAGCGAUCUUAUUUUCAAGGAUAUUGUGAUAAGAGGUUUCUGGUUGGCAAUAUGGUUCCCGAAACAACCAUCCUCAGUCGUUCAGGAAGUGUUCGAUAUGUUGAGAAAGAAGGAACUUGUCCCACAUAUUCAGAAAAUAUUCGCGUUGGAAGACUAUUUGGAAGCAUUCAAAGCUCAGUUUAGUCCUGAUAGGAGAGGAAAGAUAUUGUUCAAGCUCACUUGACUAUCUUCUAGUCGACAUAAGUUGUAGAUGAACAGAAGAGAGUGUGUGAUUGCCUAUUUUUUGUAACAGUUUGGGGAAUAAAAACUUUCCAAAAAAAAGUUGUGUUUUUUAU